AAAUUGUUGACAACCUGGCACGCUUGCCGUCUGUUGUUAUUGUAUUCGUGGAAUCUUGUUGUUUUUGUGUGUUAAAAAUGCUGUAGUUGCAAGUUUUGUAUUGUGUGUGUAUUGUGCUUUAGCAAACGCAACAGGACUCUUGGUAUAAAAUGGAUAAGCAUUUUAAAUUGUUCUUUUAUGCAGGAGGAAUAUUUGUGUGUUACUUUUACUAUGGCAUUAUCCAAGAACGUAUUACAAGAGGUGUUUACGGUUCGACCCCAGAAACGCAAGAAAAAUUCAAAUGUGUGUUAGCUUUGGUGUUCGUUCAAUGCAUAACCAACUGGCUAUAUGCACAUUUUCUUCUUAGAACAUUUAUGAAGCAAGGUGAGAAUCUAACCUCAAGUUUCUACCUGUGCUCUUCAGCACUAACCUAUCUUCUUGCAAUGGUCUGCAGUAAUAUGGCCUUACAAUGGGUAAGCUACCCAACUCAGGUUAUAGGGAAAUCUGGAAAACCCAUACCAGUAAUGAUAUUAGGAGUACUUCUAGGAAGAAAGUCGUAUCCUAUUCAGAAAUACUUUUUUGUACUGCUUGUUGUUAUCGGAGUUGCUCUCUUCAUGUAUAAGGAUGGACAUUCUUCUGCCAAUUCGUCUGGUUCUAUAGGAAUAGGUGAAAUGUUGCUUAUACUGUCCUUAACAAUGGACGGAAUAACCGGAGCUAUUCAAGAAAGAAUGAGAGCGGAAUAUAAAACUAAAUCUCUUCAUAUGAUGUCUAGCAUAAACAAAUGGUCAAUCCUCGGACUUGGAAUUGCUAUUGCAUAUACUGGUGAGAUUUUUGAUUUUGUUAGCUUUGUAGAGAGGCACCCGAGUAUUAUUUGGGAACUGAUUUCCUUCUCAAUUGCAAGUGCACAAGGACAGCUUUUUAUAUUUUUGAUGGUGGAACAUUUUGGACCUCUACCUUGCUCAAUUGUUACUACAACCAGGAAGUUCUUCACAGUCUUCGGUUCUAUAUUGUUCUUUGGAAACUCCAUGUCAAACAGGCAAUGGAUAGCAACUUUUAUUGUAUUUACUGGACUUUUACUUGACAGUUUAUAUGGAAAGAAAGCACCUGCAAAAGUUGAAAAGUAAUUGAGUUGAGGUAAGAUUAAAGAAACGUUCAAUAUGCUGGCACAAGAUAUAUCUAUAUAAUUUUAAUGUCUUAAUAUUUUUGUGUUUUAAGCACAAAACCUCUGUGAUAAUUGUAGGCUAUUAUUGUAAAGUUAUUCAAACUUAAUAAAGUAAGCUAUAGGCCUACGGUGAUUUCUUAUGUAUUUUUUUCUCAAUAGGCUGAUUAAAAAUCUCAAACCCAGGCUGCAUUUAUUUAUUUAUUUAUGUAAAAUAAAUAGAACCUACAAAAUAGUACAAGAAUUGCUAAGCACAAAUAAGUAAAAUAUUUAGCCUAUUUCUCAGAAGUUAGCCUUUAAUUUAUGCUUGGAUGUCUUUAUUUUUGUACCCAACUUAAGUUAUUGGUUUUUUGUUGACCCAUUAUUCUUUUAUGUUUAGUACAAAUUGUUUUGUAUUUUACAUUUUUUUGUAGGCCUAACAUCUGAGUGACAAAUUGUUGCAAUCAUUGUUUGAUAUUAGAGUGAAAAUUUAAAAACGUACGUUUUCAGGAAAAGCACUUUGCAAAAUUUUUUCCCCUGUUUUCAAAACUUUUAUUAUUAUUUUUAUUUCACUAACAUUUGAAGUUUCAUAAAAUGUCCAUGGUAACGCAAUAUCUUUGGUAUUUUUUAAAAAAAAGAGCAUCUUUAGUGGAAAAACACAAAAUCCUGUCACGACCAUAUAACAGACUUUUAAAUGAAUAUUAAAAAUAGUUAAUAUUAUUUUUAUAGCUAUGUUUUGCUAUAAACUAAUUUACUUUUAUGACCAUUAUACAAUAAAAAGGUCACUGAGCUUUUGGUAUAUUUGGUCUUUCUAGAAAAAAAUAACAAAAACUCAAAAACUUGAAAAAAGCCAAUAAAAUCUUUUUAAGUUUGUAUAACUCCGAAAAAACUUACCUGAGACCCGAAAAAUCGUUAUGUUUGUAUAGAGGUGUGCUUCUUUUGUGUAUAAAACAUUGAAAUAUGACGAUAUUUUAAUUUUUGAAAUUUUUAUGAUAGAAAUCAUAAACGUGAUGGUCAGGGACAAGCGGUACGGUCGUGAAUUUUCUGAAAUAAUCUAAAUCUUUCCUAGCAAUACUUCAAUUAUACUGUUAGUUAUAAUAAAAAUAAGUGUUUCAAUUGACCAAAAUUGUUCAAAUUACAAUUAUAUUAAAGUUAUUGUCACGACCAAACACACUAUAAUCCAUAAGGCUGGAUUGGUCGUGAAAAAAACCGCGAUGGUCGUGAAACUUUGGUCGUGAAAUUACGUGUUAUUUGGCUCUGUUCUGGCGGUAGCCCUGCACCUCAUGUUCGAGGAUACAAAGUGGACUUCUAGGUUAAUCUAGCAAUUGAAAUAUCUUAUAAACAAAAAUUAACACCAUGUCUACUUCAUCGAAUGACUACGUACGGUCAUGGACACACCAAAAUUACAAAAAACACAAUCUUUCCUUUAUUAGUCUUGUAAUUCCUCCUUUCAACUCGAAACGACCGGCACUACAAUCCUGACGUACACCCCGAACUAGUCUCUAAAACCAACUGACUCCAUCGACGCCAGGCUUGCCACUGUCGUGCUCCAAAGUUGAAAAUUUUUCCCAAAUGGUCGUGACGCCAAAUCGAGGGCAAAAAAAAACAUGAUGUGUUUUGGUCAACAACUUUGUAAUCGUUUAUUAAAACAUGCAAUUCUUCGUUUAAUUUGUGUAAAUAUAACAUUAUUAUUAUAAAA